AUGGAAUCGGAAGACGGCGUGCUAUUCGUAAAGAAUCUAGCAAACUUCGUUCGAACCCAUGAGCGGGCGUUGGCAAACGCCCUCCAAUCUCAAUAUCGCUUGCGAAACAAAGAUGGCAAAGAGCAGGUGGUCUCUGGCGGCCCUGCCAGUCCCAUCUCUCAAUCGGCACCUACCUCAACGUCCUUGACCGAACUGCUCUCACGGCCUUACUUCUCAUUGGCAUCGCGCACCAUCAAACCGGCCAAACUCACCUUGACACCUCACCACCUCUACUACCUCCUCGACCGCUUCGAAGACCUCGGCGUCGAUGUCGGACCUAUGAAAGUCCGCCUUGAGAACUUGCACGGCGACGCUGGACCUAUGAACUAUGUGUCCUUCCUGGGCAAUGCACCAAAGUCAAAAGGUCGGCAAGCCGAUUCCGACUCCCUUCGCUCCGUGUCUAGCAUCCGGAGUGUCAUGUCGAGCGUCUCAUCGGUGUGGUCAAACCUGACCAUGUCGAACAGCGCUGCAAAAGCUGCGAAGCAAAUGUCACAAAACCGGGAGGAUCUCACAUAUCUAUACUCUUGCUUCACAAAGAUUCCUGCGUUGCGGCUGGCACCUGAUCAUCGCGCGCGACUCGUCGCGGGCUUCGAGGAGUUUCCCUUUGACACUGCGGUCCCCCUGUUCGCCUUCAAAAACCUGAGCGCCCUGGAAAUCUGUGACCUCGACUUUCGACAGUUUCACGGAUGGGAUCGAUUGGCGGAGCAACUUCGCACUCUUACUGUCAAGCGUGCAGGCGUGGAGGAUCCUUUCGAUCUGCUGUACAGCAUUGUCUUAGACGAUGCGGAGCGCCGUCGCAAACGGUCCUCUAAGACACAGGUCCCUACCACUCCAUCCACACCUGGCGUGCCGUGGCCGACCGUGAGCCCAAAGAGUAAGCAAGUCGAGCUUGCGCGGUCGCUUUCGUCGCCCAUCGCCAUCUACAUGGACCAACGACGCGGAUCGACGGGCAGCCCAAACGCCACCACGAGAACCAUCUCUUCCGAGGGCAAGAGGCCUGUGCCGCUGAACAGACAACCGAGUAAUUCUCCGCCGCGAGCGACUAUAUCCCGAAAUGGAUCUGCAUCGCAUCCGCACCGACCACACACCGGUCGCAGCCAGCAUUCCAAAAAUCGGCGAUCCUCUGGCAGCUCCGAAUCCAGCACGCAUGAAACCACUCCCAGGCACAGCGCUUCGGAUCUCAUGUCCUUUGGUAUACUACCGCCCUCGAAAUGGCGAUUCUUACGACAUUUGAGCUUGGCAGAGAAUAGCUUGACGCACUUAUUCGCGAGCAGCUUGGCGCCGGUUGCAAACACUCUGCACUCACUGGACCUGUCUGGUAAUUUGUUCAGCGAGAUCCCAGAUGCUCUGGCGAGUUUGACACACUUACGAGCGUUGAACCUCAGCAAUUGCAUGAUCGAUAGCCUGCAGUCGCUUUCGAGAAACCCGCUGCCGGCCAUAACAACGCUGAACCUGCGUUCAAACCGACUGCAUUCACUUGCCGGCAUCGAACGUCUCUACUCGCUCGAAAGAUUGGAUCUGCGGGACAACAAGUUGCACGACCCGACCGAGCUUGCACGGUUGACUGGUAUUCCUGACAUCAUCGACCUUUACGUUAUCAAAAAUCCCUUCACUAGGACACACGGCAACUACCGAGUCACCAUCUUUAACCUUUUCCGAAGCACGCCUGGCCAUGUUGACGAUGUGACGAUCGACACCCUGGGACCAUUGUACAACGAGAAGAAACAUCUCGUGGACAGGGUUUUCGAGCCCGCGUAUCAGAAGCCUGUUAUCCAGCCACCCCUCGAGGAUGAUGAUGGACCUCUACCCUCAUCGCCCAUUGUUGCUCCUAUGAUACAUGAUCACGAUCGGACACCGCCAUCCAGUGAGCAAUUCAGCCAUAGACGUUCGACAUCGGAUAUAGGACCGCGAUCGACAGCUCGUCGUCGAAAAGUCCCAAGGAGAAGGAUUGUUGAGCUCUCACAGGCAGACUUUCCACGGCCCGCACAGCAAGAGGUUACACCUGCUCCUGCAGACCCGCCUGUUCCCGAACUCACUCAAGUUCACCCUAUGCCACGAACGCCAAAGGGUGACAGUGAGCCUCCUGAAAUGCUCGAAACACCUGGAACCACCCCGCGCGACACGGAAACACCCGUUCAACCCAUCCGCCCUCCACUCGCCGUCCGGCCACCCAAACUGGACACGGCAUUCGCAUCACCUCCACAUUCGCCCAAGAUUCGUGAUCUGUCCGACAACGACAACUCCCCGAUUCAAGCUCUAGAAGAUGAUCUCGAGAACCUCCCGGCAAUGUUCCGCCAGAAGAUCGACUCGCUUCAAGACGACCAUGGAUCGAACUGGCUCUCUGCUUUGCACGAGGGAAAGCUAGCCGGCUCUGGUAACAAAACUGUUGGCGGUGUGAUCACGACUGCAGAUCGUGAUUACAGUCCUGCAUCAACCAUCCGGACGGAGCAAGCUUCCCGAAGCGUCAGCGUUGGUACGAGGACCCUCGGCUGA